UCCUCAUUUAGGGAAUAAAUCAUUCAAUAUCCGUGCUUCUUUCAUGAGAAAUACAAACAUGAGCCUUCAAACUACUGGUGCAAAGAUUAAAAGGAUUAGUAGCCUAACUAAGGAAACUCUUGUUCCACCAACCCCAGUCAACCGUAUGAAUGCUUUAGAUUUCGAUUAAACGGGAGUAAAUAAAGUUGGAGAUAGUUUAAGGCAAAUAGAAAUAAAACCAGUUAAAUCAAACAAAGCUAAAGGGUGGGAGUCCUCCUCUGAAGAGGAGGAAAAAUAAAGAAGAACCCACAUUACUGAUGCCUGUUCCAGUUACAACCAUGGAACAGUUUUAUGAACAGAGAAAAAGCAAAUUGAAUCCAGCCAAUAUUAUGUUGAACCAGAAACGUCUAAGUUCUCAAAGAGAUAUUUCCAGAUUGUCUAAAAAGAAGGAGGUAGUGACACCAGAAACAAUCAAGGUACCCAAAAUGGAUUGCAGCGAAAAGAUAGAAGGAGAUGAACUUUUUGAUUUUAACAAAUAAAGAUGGAUGGAAUUUCAUACUGAACAACCUCAUAAUCCAAAAUGACCGAGAAGAAAGUCCUAACAGGAAGAAAAUUCAAGAACUUGUUGAUGAGCUAAACACUGGGAAAGAUAUAAACCGGAUGAUUCUAGCUGACAUGAAAGUAGGGAAUAUCUACAAGAAGCGUCAAGAAAUCCAAAAAUUCCUUAGAAUUAGCCCUAGAAGGGCAGCUCAUAAAAAUAUAAAGAAUUCCCAAAGACUGGAAUCUAUCAAGAAGCAAUUGUUUUCCAUCAACAAGAGAUAUCUAAGUAAUUUCAAGAGCUACAAGAUUAAGAAGUUUAACAUCUUAAAAUCACACGAGGAGAAUAAUGCCAGUAUAAUAAAAAUUAUUGAGGAUCCUCAACAGAAGAAGGUGUCAUCCGCCUCUAUUAACCAAGCAAUGGUGCCAAACAUCAUCGCUGUUGACUCUUUUGAAGAUGAAGAAGCCAAGCAGAACAAAAGCCUGCAAGGAAUGGUAAUUGACGACCAGAAGUUAAGAGCCUCCAUUGUUAAAGAGCAACGAGAAAAGAUUAAAGAAAUCAAGAUCAGAAGGUUAGAGACCAAGAUCAGAGAUGAGAUCAAAUUCGCCAUGAAUCAAAGCGAUAAGAUCUUCGGAGGGAAAACACUGGUGAAACUUAAGCCAAGUCUAAAGAAAGUUGAGAAAUGUGCAAGUGUAGUAUCUGAAGAUAAUGAAAGCGAAUGGGUCAGUUCUGAUACUGAAGAAAGCUCAAAAUAUAGCAAAGCUGAAAACCAGAUUAAAUUAAAAAUACCUAUAUUGAAGAAUUCGGAUAAUAAAGUGAGGCGAAGGUUUAACUUCGCCUCACCUCCAGUUCGUAGAAAUGUUGGGUUCUCACCUCUUCAACCAACACCUAUAGAGUCAGUAUAUAAUGAUGAUUCUGAAACACUCAAGAAGAAUUUAGUUAGGAUUCUCAGAGGAAAAUGUGCGAAAUUCUUAGCUGCAGUCAAUUCUCCUCUAUCACAGCAGAAAUUAAAAGUCUGAAAUAACCUAUUGAAAUUUAUUAGAAGAGGAUGCAAGGGGCCAAACAUUCUACACAUGAGGCUUUUCCCAGUCGAAUUUUCUGAAGUUUCUGAGUUACUCAAUCGAUAUAUAAGAAGUUUAAAGAUCUCAAAGAUUAAUAGCUCCAUUAAUGAAAAGCUGGCUGUUGAAAAAUAGAGUCACAAGAAUGAUGUCACAUUUCAAUAAUGAGCUCAAACCAAGUGGCGAUAGCAAUGUUAGGAUGAAUAAAUCUAUUAGAGGCCCUAUGUCGCCAGUGAUAGUAAGAGGAAAAAUACAGAAAAAGCUGAGGAAUAGUCAGAAAAGAACAUUCAAUAGUAUAAUGUCUUCAAACCAGAGUCAUAAAAAUAGUAUUUCUCUUAGCAAAGACAGGGACAGGACUUUUGAGUACUCCAAAUCUAUAACAUCCUGGUUAGAGAGUAAGAUGGAGUUUGCAAAGAAGAGUAUAAACACCCCAAAAUUAAGUAUAAGCCAUGGGCGGAAUACUUUUGAACAUAGCAGUCUUAGAAAAACUACUAAGCCUCUCUUCAGGAGAAAUAAAGCAAAGAAUCCUAAGUUAUCAACCCUAUCAGCAUUUUCAGGAGAGAACUUUGAGGCCCAGUUCAAGUUUGGUCCAAACAAGAGGAAGAAAGAGUCCGAUAAUUCUUGUGGAGAAGUCAAGGUUCCGAUCAAAGACAUGAACAAAUUGGUCUUAUAAAUUUCAUAUUUUAUUAUUUUGAGAAA